CUUUCGAACAACAUUCAACUUUCAACGGACUCACGAACAUUCAGCAACGGAGGUCAUCAUGGACGACGACGAGUACGUAUGGGUGCAGCCCCAGGACUACGAUGCUGAGUCGCGGUGCCGGGACUUGCAACGGCAGGUGAGGGAGCUUCAAGCUGCCCAGAUGCGUUGGGAAAUACAUCGUAUGGACUUGGAGAUGCAGCUCAUGACCGAGCGAAGUGCGCGGCACCAUGACUUGCAUGCUGUGGAGGAUGAACUGCAUCGAGAGAAGCAAGCGGUGCGACUUCUCACCCAUGAACAGGCCAAGCAAGCCGCGCUCGUCACCGACCUCCGCGCCCAACUUCUCCCCCACACCCGACACAAACGCAAGAUGGUAUAUCUCAAGAAAGAGCUGCGGGAAAAGUUCUUGGCGUUCCGUCUGCAGCGAAGUGUGGCCAUGGCCACGCGAUGCGGCGACAGCUCCUUGCUCGACCUCCUCAAGCGCGAAGUGCCGAAAAUGAAGGUCGACUCUGGUGACCAGUACAUGUUCCUCUAACCAGUACAACUACUAGCCUGUAACUUUAGCCUAUUCCUCUCCCGAACAUACGUCAAUAAUAGUACUAUUAAUAGUACCGCCACUCCAAG